UUUAUACGUUCUAUCUAUAUUUCGUUUGUUCAAUACAAUUGUUGCGUGCAUUUGAAAAAAGUUUUAUAAAACGUGUUGUUAUUCACUGACUGACUGACUACUGUAGUAGUAGUGCAACUGGAAACGUUUCGUUUUCAUUUGUUAUUUAUUUUUCAUUUUGUGUUACUCUUUCUCGGCUAAUCAAGUUUUCUCGAUAGCAAUAACAACAUCAAUAAAAAAUAUAUAUAAAAAAAUAUUUAUUUGAAAAAAAACUUAAAUGUUAAUGUUGCAUUUGAUUGGAUUUUUAUAUUUAUUUAUAUCAAUCACUUCAACAUAAUGUGACAUGAUGGUGAUACAAUCAAACAAUCUGUUGCUGCUGUUGUUUCUCAUAUGAAACAAAAUAUGAAGAGUACAUUUAAAAUAGUCUCGCCCGAUCACUGUACUGCAAUAUUAUAUUUCGUUUUUUUAAUAAUGUGUUGAUUUUUUCUCAAUAAAAUGUUAAAUUUAUACGCGUGUGUGCUUUAGGCAAGAGUGCGUAAAAAUAAUACUUAGAUCAUUAUUUAUUUAAAAAAGUGAAUGCGCUGCUCAAUCAAUUUAUGAAAAGUAAUAUUUACUUUAUCAAUAAAAUAUAAUAAAUACACUAACAACAGCAGUAAAAUUGAUAACAUACACAUAUUUUUUUAAGAAUAAAAAAAGAAAAAAAAUACAACAUUUUGUUUUAAAAUUGCUGGUUAAACACAAGGAAAAAGUAAUAAAAUUAAUAUUUUUUAAAAAAGAAAUAUUAAAUGACGUGUUUGUAUUAAUAUAAAUUCUUAUAAAAUAUAUAAAAUAGUGCCAUAAUUAACUAAAUUGCUACUGGAUAUUAUAUACUCCUCAUCAAGAAUUGAUUUAUAAUGUUUAAAUAAUAAACCAUAAACGAGAGCCAUUAAAAAAACUACAUAUUUCUACGAAAAUGGAUAAAUUUAGUUUAUUACUGUUACUAUUCUUUACAACAGCAAUCUGUUGGCUACCACAUAUUGCUGGCCAGCAUGAAAACAUACUAUACGAAAAUGUUGCAAACAUUUGUGAAACAUGCGUAUGUUUAGAUACACAAGAUGUUGGCAAUAAAAAUCAAACACAUCAUAUGUUAAGUUGUGUGAUGAAAGGAUUCAAGCAUAUAUUGGCAAGGUGGCCAGAGGAAUUUGGCAAAAAUAAUGAAAAAGAAAACGUAAUUGUGGCCAGUUUUUCGGGUAACACCAUCGAUAUAUUGCAACAAUUGCCUUCAACCAAUGGUACAUUGAGUUUUGCUUGUCGCCAUUGUGGUAUCAAACAUUUGCAAGUACCCACAUUUAUGGAUGUUCCAAAUAUAAUUUCAUUGGAUUUGGCCUAUAACGAAAUCACAAAUGAUGAAUUGACACCGGAUGUUUUUAGGGGACCCUAUCAUAUAACCAGUUAUGAACCGAUUGCUUUAAUCGAAUUGGAUUUAAGUCACAAUAAACUUAACUCUUUGGAUCGAAGAAUUUUUGAGCAUACGCCUAAUAUCACGAAAUUAAAUUUAAGUUGGAAUAGCUUUAAGGUUUUGGAUAAUCCUACGACUAUGGCUUUAGCUUCGGCAUCUUCGUUAGAGAAUCUAGAUCUCUCUCACACUGGUAUUAAAUCUAUGGCUUCAGUUAUUUUUGAGAAACUUACAUCUUUAAAGGUAUUAAAUUUGGCUGGUAAUGAAUUUGUUCAUUUACCCGAAAAUUUCCAACUGAUUGGGCAAAGUUUGCGAAGCUUAAAUUUGGCCGGCAAUAAAUUCAGUGACUUUAGUGAAGGCAGUUUUCUGGGUUUAAAAGCUUUGCUGCAUCUAAACAUUAGUAGUAUGCCAAAUUUAAAGACAAUACAGAAUAAUACUUUUUCUCGUUUGGAGCAUUUAACUCAUUUAGAUUGUUCAAACAAUCAAAAGUUGGAGAGCUUUGACUUAGAUAGCUUAAUGCAUUGCGGAAACUUGACCUAUCUGGACAUCUCAUAUUGCAAUCUAACAUCUCUUAAUCUUAAUAUGAAUCUGUCACCGUUGUCUGCAGAUAAUAAUACAAAUAUUACUUUACCAAAACCUUGGCCUUUACUCAAAACUUUUAAAACUGUUGGCAAUUUAUGGGUGUGUGAUUGUCAGCUAUUUCAAGUGCUAGAGUACGCUGGGUCGCAUCAUCUUUAUACAGAUGAACAGAUACGUUGUGAUAGUCCCUAUAUACUUGCGGGUGCCCGUUUGUCUAAUUUAACCGCAAAGCAAAUUUGUUCAAUUCAAAUUCCCAAAAAAUACAAAGUUAUCGAUGAGGAUCCACCACGUUUUAGACGUAAACGUUAUAUUAUUUUAACCGUUAUUACUGCAUCAGUGGUAGUGGUGUUGGGUUUAAUUAUCGGCUUUAUAGUGGUGUGUAUACGAAGACGUUUAAAACGGGACGAUUUUGGGGUAGAACCUAUACGUUAUACCAGUGUGCGUAGUAGUAAUCUAUCGGCAUUUUCACAGGGUCAUACCAAUGGUGCGGUCAGUAAUGGAAGUGUUUGAUAAUUGUUGCAAACACUCAGAAAGUUUUUCAUUUUGUAUAUUUAAAACAGUAAUUCAAGGCUGAUUUUAAGCAGUAAACUAAGGUUUAAAAAUAUGUUUGUAAUUGGGUAAAUAAAUCUAGUUUUAAGUGUAAGUUUUUUAUAUUGAUAUGAAAAAAAAACAGAAACGAAUUUUUGACCAAAGAUUGUUAAUAAUAAAUAUUGUGUACGAUAA